UUUUUUUUUUCUCUUUUUUUGUUACUUGCACCUAUUUCAAAAUUCACCAAACUUGCAACAUGAUUCAAUCAUUUAACACCCUUACUCUCGAUGCUAUUCUUAAUAAUGACACAAACAAAAACAAGGCUGAUUUACUUUGUCCCAAGGAAGGCUGUCAAUGUGUCAUUUUACGGAAAAACACCGCUGUUCUCGUCCAACGCGAUGGUACCAAACUCUCCUUACCAGAAAAUUGUUUACCAAGUGAUGCAUCUGUGAAUCAAGAAAAAGAUAAAGAAGAAACUCGGUUUUGGUUGCUUGGUGAUAUGAUGGACUUUGAUAAUGUUGGCUUCUCUAAAACUAUUGGUACUGUCAAAUACUUAUCUUGUGCUGACUGUGACCUUGGUCCUAUUGGUUACCAUGAUACUUCAGCAUCUCCAAAGGAAUAUCUAGUUAGUAUACAACGUGCUCGUUAUCGUUUCUAGUUUUAUAUUAUUUUUAUUGUAAAAAAAA